CCCCAGUCCAUUCGUUUCCUCGGCCAAGAUGGCGGUUUGUCUUCUCCGAUGAGACUGAAAUCUAUUCGUCACUUUGUCCCUCUGUUCCGGACUUCUUUACUUUGGGCAUGCCGAACGUCAACCAACACCAUGGCAACUUUAGAGACCUUGAACUUUGACAACCUAGCUCUUCAUUCCCUGCCGAUCGACAAGGAAACACAAAAUGUUAUAAGACAGGUCAAAGAUGCAUGCUUCACUCUUGUGAAACCGACAAAAGUAAACAAUCCAACCCUCGUAGCUUACUCACAGGAGGCUUUGUCCCUCCUUGAUCUACCGCCAUCUGAGGUGACAAGGCCAGACUUUGUGCAGUAUAUGAGUGGAGACAAAAUCCUUCCCGGAAGUCAGACUGCAGCUCACUGUUAUUGCGGACAUCAGCAGGGGUAUUUCUCCGGUCAGCUUGGAGAUGGAGCUGCGAUGUAUCUGGGUGAAAUAAUUAAUUCCAAUGGGGAAAGAUGGGAAAUUCAGCUGAAGGGAUCAGGUCUUACACCCUUCUCUAAUCACAGAGAUGGCCGCAAAGCCUUGAGAUCAUCCAUUCGAGAAUUCCUGUGCAGUGAGGCUAUGUAUCACCUAGGAAUACCAACCACAAGAGCUGGCUGUUGUAUAACCUCAGAUACAUUAGUAGAAAGAGAUAAAGAUUACACUGGGAAUAUUUCAAAAGAAAAGGCUUCUCUAGUAUUGAGGAUUGCUCCAACCUUUCUGAGGUUUGGCUCUUUUGAAAUUUUCAAACCACCUGAUCCAGUGACUGGUUAUCAAGGUCCUAGUGCUGGUAGAGUGGACAUUCUGCAUCAGUUGCUAAGCUACACCAUUAAAACCUUCUUCCCCCAAAUCUCUGCAGGAGACUUUCAGAGUCCUGAAGAAUGGUAUCUUGCCUUUUUCCAAGAGUUGACUUUGUUAACUGCUCGCCUUGUUGCCAGUUGGCAGUGUGUUGGAUUUUGUCAUGGAGUGUUAAAUACAGACAACAUGAGCAUUGUUGGUGUCACCAUUGAUUACGGGCCUUUUGGAUUUCUGGAUUAUUAUGAUCCAAAUUAUAUGAGUCAAGCAUCUGAUGCUAGGAGAAGAAACUCUUUCAAGAAUCAGCCUGAACUGUGCAAAUGGAAUUUGCUCACAUUAGCAGAGGCCAUUCAAGAUGUCUUACCACUAUACAAAUCUAGGACUCUGUUAGAAGAUUUAUUUGAUUCAGAAUUUCAAAGAUGUUACAUGGCUAAAAUGAGGUUGAAGCUUGGAUUAUUAAAGAAAGAACUGCCUACAGAUGAGAAGCUGAUAACAGCCCUGUUUGACACCAUGGAGAAAACUGGAGCUGAUUUCACCAACACCUUUAGAUGUCUCAGUGAUAUAACACCAACGGGGUGCUCAUCAUCUAAAAGCGAUGAAGACAUCGUUGAAUACCUUGUGUCUCAAUGUGUUCCUCUGCAAGGAUUAAUCAAAGCGUACUCGACGAUUCUUGAAUGGAGUCAGAUGAUAGCGAUGUGCAAAGAGGUUUGGAAGUCAAGUCCAAAUGUAAUUUCUCAUAUUGAAAAGGAAGCUGAUAAACAUCUUCUGGAGGACAAAAGGCGCUGGGAAAAAAUUGAGCAGCUUAAGGUGUCAACGCAAAACGGAAAAGAGAAUAACGACCGUGUUUUAUGGACGCAGUGGAUCACAGCUUACAAAGAUCGUCUUGAUCAGGAAUGCGACCAUCAUGAUGUUCAAGAGGUAAACAAAGAACGAGUCAGGGUAAUGAAAUCCAACAACCCAAGGUUUGUUCUUAGAAAUUACAUCGCCCAAAGAGCUAUAGAGGCCGCAGAAAAUGGAGACUUCUCUUUGGUUCAAACUAUUCUGAAAAGCUUGAAAAUACCUUACAGAGACGAUGCAGAAUUUGACGAAGCUACGCUUUACGAAGCAGCAAGUACUAAUCCAACCUUGUCUUGUAAUAACGAGAAAACAGGGCUGUUUAACGUUCUGGAUACAAGGAAAACUAACCUCGACAAAUUGCCUGAUGAUGCGUUUAAUAUGCGGCUUUCGUGAUCUUCAUAAGUCUUUCGCGUAAUCCUGGUAGGUCCUCGUGGCGGAGUAGAUCCAUCGUCCCUCCUCAGUUAAAGCGAAGAAUUAGGGUUAACGACAUGCAGGAUUGAAAGGGAUUGUCGCCGAUUGCAGUUGGCAAAAAGUCAAACGAUAGUGUGGCUUGUUUUCAGGCUCUUGGUUAGCCUUGUACCUAGGCUCAACCUCUUUGCCACUCGUUCGUUCAAACAGCGUAUCAAAAUUGACGUCACCACACGCAGCUCUCAACUAGUGACUAGGCUUUCACAAAGACUUCUUGCAUGACAAUAUUGCCUAAUCAAAACAAUUCCAAUCAAUCUUUCGUUUACAUCAACAAAUAUGUCCGCUAGAAUGCUCUACGCCGAUGAAGCGUUUGGAGACCAGAGAAGCUAUCAGCUUAGCACGACAGAACCGACGUGGGAGCCGCUUUUAUCGCGAGGACUCAAGGACAACCACCUCAAGCAUUAUGUUACUAGUUGUACACAAAUCUUCAAUUUCACCCAACCCCUCCCCCUUGCGAUUGUUUUCGUUUUAUCCCCUGAUCGUGUUCGCUUUUAUCCCUCGAGCCCUGGACGAUGAUCAGAUCUGUGAUCAUCUGUGAACAGACUAGGAUGGUUUAUCUCGAUGGAUGUGCCUCUUCCAGUUGUUGACGGUAUUAACAAAAACCAAUAAUUGGCAGUUUGUACCCGAUGUGAAUUAGAUCUGGAAUGGAACAACAGA